UUUUCGCUUUUCCCGACUCGACCCAACAUGGUGCUCCAGCGCUUCGGCCUCGAGCUGCGCACGUGGCCAGAGCUCAAGCAGCACCUGCUCUUUGAGCUCAAGCUCGCGCUCUGCGACUGGAAGAUCCUGCUCUUCGGCCUGCUCUGGCAAUACCUGCACAACAUUUUGCACAACUUGGCGUACUGGAUCCAGUCGCGCUUGACGCCCGUGCAGCGCACGCCGCUGUACGACGUCGGCUUCAACCUCUUGCCCGAAUUCACCGAGUCGCAGGCCAAGGUGUCCGAGUACCUCGUGUUUGGCUGCAUCUUUGGCCCAUCGAUCGUGCUCCUUGCGUCGGUCCCGUUCAUCAAGCCGAAAGAGAACGGCAACGUCCGCUACGUCGCGGUCAUUGCGAAGCGCUUCCUCUUCCAUACGGCCAUGUGCUUGUUCUUCCGCUGCUGCUCGUUCCUCGUGACCGCGCUCCCGGGCUCGGCGCCGCACUGCCGCCCAAUGUUCAACCAGACGUGCUUGGAUGCGAACCCGAUCAACCCAUUCUCGUGUGAAGUGCCCAACCCGGAUUUCCAGCCGCCAACGACGACGUCGUAUUAUUUUUUCCACAUUGAUGCGCUGAACGGCUGCGGCGAUCUCAUGUUCAGCUCGCACACCAUGUACACCAUGACGUUCAUCCUGACGCUCUUCAAGUACUGGAAGAGCACGGCGCUGCUCGUCUUUAUGCUCUGCAUCCAAAUCGCGAUUGCCUUUUGCAUUGUGGCGGCGCGCAAGCACUAUACGCUGGAUGUCAUUUCGGCCCUCUACAUCGUCCCGAUGGUCUGGUUCCUCCAAGACGCGUACUUUGCCGAUAUCAACCACAAGGACCAAGGCGUGACACCUGAGAACAUUCAGAAAUUCUACCACAUGCCCAUGCCGGCCGACGACGCCGCGCGCAUGACCGCCAACGCGCUGGAAGACGGCACGGACGAACGGCUCUCGAGCUUCUCGCCGUCCGAGGCGCUCACGUCGCAGUACAACACAGCAUCCGACGACCCGAGCAAGGUGUCGCCCGUUGUCUAAAGAGUAGAAGACGACAUCGUGUCGACUGUUAUCUGAAUGAGAUCGCCUCGUAUUUAGCCCCGUC